AUUUCAUCAGUGGUGCAACAAUAAUCAGUUCAUACAACACUGCAGCAGCAACUGUGCACCUUUACUCAUUCUGUCUACAGCAGCUGUGUCGUUUUCUUCAGGAUGUGGUUCCUGGUGCUGUUGGUGUGGUUUCUGGUUUGGGCCGGCGGUACUUACUGGUUCCUGUUUGGCAAACCCAGCCCUUUCUCACUGGAGUCCGUUAGACCACCUUUAGAGAUGGACCAGAAGGAGAGAUCUAAAAUUCUGAAGCAAGGCUUCAGGAAAGAGAAGGUUCCAGAGAAUCUGGACGCCAUCGUGAUAGGGAGUGGCAUCGGUGGCAUGACGGCAGCAGCUACACUGGCCAAACUGGGCAAGAGAGUGCUGGUGCUGGAGCAGCAUGACCAGGCUGGAGGCUGCUGCCACACUUUUACAGAGAAAGGGUUUGAGUUUGAUGUAGGAUUACAUUACAUUGGUCAGCUCCAUGAGAAUAGUCUGUUUAAGAUCGUUAUGGACCAGAUUACAGAAGGACAACUACAGUUUGUGGAACUAGACAAACACUUUGACACUUUAGUGAUAGGUGGCGGAGAGAAAAUCAGGAAAUACACAAUUUACAGUGGCAAAACUGAGAUGGAGGAGCAUCUGAAGGCGCAGUUCCCUGAUGAUACCAAAGCUGUUCAGGAGUUCUUCAAAAUCAUGAAGAUCUCAGCCAGGAAGACACCAUUAUUGGCUGCACUGAAGUUGAUUCCUCAGUGGAUGGCACUGUUCCUGCUUAAAAGUGGCAUUGCUGAUUUCUGCUCCUCCAUCUUCCGCCUUGUAGGCACUGAUGCCACUACACUUGCCAACAGUUUGACCUCCAACAAGGACCUCCAAUUAAUCUUCAAUUAUGUUUUCUAUGGUGUUCCACCGAAAGAGUGCAGCAGUGUCAUUAAUGCUUUGCUGUUGCACCACUACAAGCGUGGAGCAUACUACCCAAAAGGUGGCGCCAGUGAAAUCCCAUUCCACAUCACUAAAGUCAUUCAGAAAUUCGGAGGACGUGUGCUGGUCCGGGCUCCUGUAAAUCGCAUCCUGCUUGAUAAUAAUGGGACUGCGUAUGGCGUCAGUGUGAGAAAAAACCAAGAGGACGUGGAAGUGCGGGCUCCUGUUAUCAUCUCCAACUGUGGAGUCUUCAACACUUUUCAGAAACUUCUUCCACCACAUAUACAAACCAAACCAGAGAUUCAGAAGAGACUGAAUGUGAUGAGACCUGGACGAGGAUGUCUUUUAGUGUUCUCGGGUUUCGAUGCCACACAGGAGGAGCUGGGCAUCAAAUCCAACAACACGUGGCUCUUUAAGUCUAACGACAUGGAUGCCAUGAUGGAUGAGUACUUCAGUCUGGAGAAGGAGGAAGCUCCAGAUAACAUUCCUAUGACGUAUUUUACGUUUCCAUCUGCCAAAGAUCCCACGUCAAAGAUCCGUCACCCAGGUAAAUCUUGUAUGACCAUGCUGAUAAUGGUCAAGUAUGAAUGGUUUGAAGAGUGGAAGGACACUCCAGUAAGGAAAAGAGGGGAUGACUAUUUAGCAUACAAGAUGAGAUUUGCCAACAAUGUCUUUGACUGGGCCUGCAGCCAGUUCCCCAAACUGAUUGACAAGUUGGUAUUUCAGGAGGUCUCCAGUCCGUUAUCCAACACAUACUAUCUUGGUUCUUACCUCGGAGCCAUGUACUCAGCUGAGCACAACUUGGAGCGCUUCCAAGCAGAAGCAUUGGCCAGAAACCGUUGUGAUACCCCUGUCAAAAAUCUCUUCAUUUCAGGUCAGGACGUGUUUAGCUGUGGUAUCGCAGGUGCAUUACAUGGUGGCCUUCUAUGUGCCUCCACGGUGCUCAAACAGAUUGUGUACAUCGACCUAAUGAUGCUAAAGAAGAAGCUGAAAAGGAAGAAGGCGAGAGGAACUGCUGAAAACCUCAAAAAGCUGCAGUGAAUCAGAGGGAAAAGCUAUAUCCACUGACGGAAGCAAUGAGCGGCUAAUUAGUGGUCAAUUAGCAUUUUAUCUUGAUUACAAAAUGUUAUAUAAAUAAAUACAUUUUGGUCCUCUCCUCUUCUAUAAAUGUCAUAAUAUUCAUGGUAAAAUGACAUCCUACAGUAAAUAUUUUUUUUCGUUUUUAAACUACAUCAUGCAGUUACACACUUUCAUUCCUCUAGAUCGCUUUCUAGAUUUACUUGAAUUCAUACAUGUAAUGCUAUAAUAACAAAGAAAUUAGACAAACACAAAAUAAACAAUAAUUAAGAAUUGGAGAAUUGAAGGAAAACACAA